CAGAUCUCCUGGUUCAGUGUAGCUCUUUGUCAUACAGGGAAGGGAGACCAAGGGAGUACUUACUCUGGCAUUCCUGUGCUGCCAGCUGGUUAGCCCAAGGACAGCUGUAGGCACAGUCAUUAUACAGACACACACACACACGUACGUUGAUACACACGAGUGCGCGCGCACACGCACGCCGAAGCUCUUCAGUUUUGGAACUACCCCUUGGAUGUGUCCGGGUCUCUCUGGGAUGCCUGGAUGUUCUACCCUUUCCUGGGAGAUCUAAGUGUUCGGUUCUCGGUCUCCGUGGAAACAUGCUGAGGUGCGUCCUGCAGCGGGCCUAUAACUUGCGCAAAGUGGAGAAGGGAGACCCUUUAGCCAGCGUAACGUUCCGAGGGUCCAAGAAGAAGACAAAAGUUAUCAAGAAUAAUGUGAAUCCUGUGUGGAAUGAGGGGUUUGAGUGGGAUCUCAAGGGUGUGCCCUUGGAUUCGGGUGCUGAGCUUCACGUGGUGGUGAAGGAUCAUGAGAAGAUGGGCAGGAACAGGUUUCUGGGGGAGUGCAGAGUGUCGCUGCGUGAUGUUCUCAACUCUCCCAACCUGGCCGGCUCUUUCACUGUGUCCCUGCUGGACACCAAGAGGAACAACACUGGGGCCACAGUAUGCCUGCAGAUUUCCUACUUCCCUCCCCCAGGUAUGGUCCCCAUCUUUCAGCCCCCUCCCCAGCCAGAGCCCAUGCAUAGCCCAGUGGAGCUGGACACAGUUACAGUCUACUCCAUAGACACCAUGGGGGAGGACGACACUGAGAGUAUGCUCAUGGUGGAGGCUGCGGAGGAACCUGAGCCAGUGCCGGGCCCCCAGGGGCCGGAGACCCCCACCGCCCCACCCAAAAAGGCACCCCCAAACCUCAUCCACGGUGCAAAGAAGAAGAAACGUCCCUCCAACAGACCGCCUCUCCCGAACAAGCCGCAGGAUUUCCAGAUACGAGUGCGAAUAAUUGAGGGCAGGCAGUUGCCAGGUGUCAACAUAAAGCCGGUUGUCAAGAUAACCGUUGCCGGGCAAACCAAAAGAACUCGAAUUAGAAAAGGCAACAAUCCAUUGUUUGAUGAGACCUUCUUCAUCAACUUCUUUGAGACACCUUCUGAUAUGUUUGACGAGACAAUAUUUGUCACAGUUCUUGACUCAAAAUCUUUGCGCACUGACUCUGUGAUUGGAGAAUUCAAGCUUGAUGUUGGGACAGUAUACGCAGAGCACAGACACGCCUUCCUCAGGAAGUGGCUUCUGCUUUCUGACCCGGAAGACCUCUCCGCGGGCGCCCGGGGUUACCUGAAGGUCAGCCUGUUUGUGCUGGCGACUGGAGACGAGGCCCCGGUGGACAAAAAAGAGGGGGCGGAAGAGAAGGAGGACAUUGAGGGGAACCUGCUGAGACCCACGGGGCUCACCCUAAGGGGCGCUAUCUUCACACUCAAACUGUUCCGGGCAGAGGACCUGCCCCAGAUGGAUGAUGCCUUCAUGGAUGGGAUGAGGCAGGUUUUCGGCUUUGAGAGUAACAGGAAGAACUUGGUGGACCCCAUGGUGGAAGUUAACUUUGCGGGCAAAACGAUUUACAGUAAGAUCCUGGAGAAGAAUGCCAACCCCCAGUGGAACCAGAAUCUGACCCUUCCCAUCAGGUUCCCUUCCAUGUGUGAGAAGAUGAGAAUCCGUAUCCUGGACUGGGACCGAGCCAGCCAUAACGAUGUCAUCGGCACGACGCACCUGUGCAUGUCCCGUAUCUCCGCCCCGGGGGGAGAGAUAGAAGAUGACUUGGCACCGAGGACCCCCUCAGACAUCAUGGACGACAGCCUGGGGUUCCUGCCCACCUUUGGGCCCUGCUUCAUCAACCUGUACGGGAGCCCAAGAGAGUUCACUGCCUUCUCCGACCCCUACGAGGCCCUCAACAUGGGCAAGGGGGAGGGCGUGGCCUACCGGGGGCGUGUCCUCUUGGAGCUCAGCACGAAGCUGGUGGACAAGGUGGAGCAUAAGGUUGAGGAUAUCCCCUCUGAUGACCUGCUAGUUGUUGAGAAAUUCAUGAGGAAGAGGAAGUACUACCUUUUUGCGGCGUUCUACUCGGCCACGCUGCUGCAGGACGUGGACGACGGCAUCCAGUUCGAGGUCAGCAUCGGGAACUACGGCAACAAGUUUGACUACACCUGCCUCCCUCUGGCCUCCACCACGCAGUACAGUCGAGCCGUCUUCGAUGGGUGUCAGUACUACUACCUGCCGUGGGCGAACGUGAAGCCCGUGGUGGUGCUGUCCUCCGAGUGGGAGGACAUUCGGCCCCGAAUCGAGGCCCUGAACAUGCUGCUGACCAUCAUAACUCGCCUGGAAGCUAACCUGCAGCAGAUACAGCUGGAGGUCAAAGCUGGCAGCGAGCUGGAGGUGGUGGAGAGCAAGGUGUUGAACCUCCUGGAUGACAUCAUCGCCGACUGCAGCGAGGAGCUCCCGGAGCUGGACGACUGGCCGUGCGUGACGCCCCUGGACCGGGCCCUGAGGCACCUGCGCAAGCUCAACAUGCAGCAGAUCGAGCAGGCCGCCCUCACCCUGAAGCACGGCACCGCCACCGAGCUGGAGAUCGUUCUGGAACAGGCGGAGGACUGGGCGCAAAGGCUGCGCUCCUUGGCCGAGGAGCCCCAGAACAGCCUGCCGGACAUCGUGAUCUGGAUGCUGCAGGGAGACCGGAGGUUGGCCUACCACCGCAUCCCUGCGCACGAGGUCCUCUUCUCCCAGGACCACUGCGGGAAGAACUGUGGGCAGCUGCAGACCAUCUUUAUGAAGUACCCCCAGGGCAGUGGGGCGAAUGACAAGAUCCCAGCACAGCUGCGGGUGAAGGUGUGGUUUGGGCUGUCAGCCGACGCAAAGAGCUUCAACCAGUUUGCAGAGGGGAAGCUCUCCGUGUUCGCCGAGACGUAUGAGAAUCAGACCAAGCUGGCCUUGCUGGGGAGCUGGGGCACCACAGGACUGACGUACCCCAAGUUCAGCGACAUCACCGGCAAGGUCAAACUGUCCAAAGAGAGCUUCCGCCCCUCCCCCGGUUGGACUUGGGCUGGGGAGUGGUACAUCAGCCCCGAAAAGACUCUGCUGUACGAUGUGGAUGCAGGUCACAUGACAUUCAUGGAGGAGGUGUUUGAGAACCAGAUGCGGUUGCCUGGAGGACAGUGGAUUGGAAUGCCGGAGGGGUACACCGACGUGAACGGGGAGAAGGCAGUGCCCAAGGACGAGGUUGAGUGUCCCCCUGGCUGGGUUUGGGAGGACGUGGAGUGGAGCGAGGACUUGAACAGAGCUGUGGACGACCAAGGCUGGGAGUACGGUCUCACCAUCCCACCCGACCGCAGGCCCAAAGCGUGGGUCCCGGCCGAAAAGAUGUACCACACCAACCGGCGCCAGCGCUGGGUCCGACUGCGACGGCGGGACAUGCAGAAGAUGGAGACGCUGAGAAAGCAGCGACCGGACGAGUCAGAGAGGGAGGGCUGGGAGUACGCCUCCCUGUUUGGCUGGAAGUUCCACCUCAAGCAGCGCAAGACCGACUCCUUCCGCCGUCGCCGCUGGCGAUGCCGCAUGGAGCCGCUGGAGAAGACGGGGCCUGCCGCCAUCUUCGCACUCGAGUGCUCUCUGGGUAAUGUGACGGAUGACAAGAAUGAUGACAAAUCAGUGACGACUGCCUUUGGGGUCAACCGGCCAACCAUCUCCUGCUUUUUCGACAGUGGCAUACGAUAUCACCUGCGCUGUUACCUGUACCAGGCCAGAGACCUCAUUGCCAUGGACAAGGACAGCUUCUCAGAUCCAUAUGCGACGGUGUCCUUCCUCAAUCAGAGCCAGAAGACUGUGACCAUACGCAACACGCUCAACCCCACCUGGGACCAGACCCUCAUCUUCUACGAGAUUGAGAUUUUCGGUGAUCCCCAGGUCACAGAGCACAGCCCCCCCGGCAUCGUGGUGGAACUGUUCGACCAGGACACCUACGGGGCUGAUGAGUUCAUGGGGCGGUGUGUUUGCCAGCCUUCCCUGAUGCCCUCGCCUCGCCUUGCCUGGUACCCCAUCCAGAAGAAUGGCAAGUUUGCUGGAGAGCUGCUGGCAGCCUUUGAGCUGAUACGCAGAGAGAAGCCCGCAAUCCAUCACAUCCCUGGACAGGAGGGUGAACUUAUGCCCACCAGUUCUACCCUGGACGAGCUUAUCCUUCCAGGCUUCCUCUCUGAGAACCUGCAGCAAUGGCCUGUGGAAACAGACCUGCCCUGCCCUCCUCCGCAGCGGGAGCCCAACGUCUACAUGGUGCCCCAGGGGAUCAAGCCCAUUCUGCAGCGCACUGCCAUUGAGGUCCUGGCGUGGGGGGUGCGGAACCUGAAGAGCUAUCAGCUGGCGAGCGUGACCUCACCCAGCCUACAGGUGGAGUGCGGGGGCCGCAUGGUGCAGUCCUGCGUCAUCCGCAACACCAAGAAGAAGCCCAACUUCGACGUCAAUACGCUCUUCAUCGACGUGCGCCUGCCCUGUGAGGAGCUGUACAUGCCCCCCAUUGUUCUGAAGGUGAUUGACAACCGGCAGUUUGGCAGGAAGCCCGUGGUGGGGCAGUGUACCAUCCGCACCCUGGAAGAGUUCCGUUGCCAGCCUGACAGCCUGGAGAGAGAAUCUGAAGAGGAGGCUUUACAGGAAGAGAUCCUCCAAACGCCCCGCGACGACGUCCUGAUCGACAUCGACGACAAGCAGCCGCUCAUCCCGGGACAGCCUGCAGACGGUUCCAGCUCCGCCAUUAUUAACAUCUCAUCCUCACGAACCAGUCUCCAUGUACGUAUGGUAGAAGAAGAGUUCAUGGAUUGGUGGAGUAAGUUCUAUGCCUCCACUGGAGAGAGACACAAAUGUGGAACCUACCUGGAAAAGGGCUUUGACACUCUGCAGGUGUACGGGAAAGAGCUGGAGAAGGUGGAAGGGUUCGAGGGGCUGGCAGACUUCUGCCAGACCUUCAAACUGUACAGAGGGAAGACUCAGGACGACAGUGAAGACCCCUCCAUUGUGGGAGAAUUCAAGGGGAUGUUUAAGAUCUACCCCCUGCCCGACGACCCCUCUCUGCCCCUGCCCCCUCGCCAGUUCCGCCAGCUUCCACCCAACGGCCUGGAGGAGUGCCUGGUGCGGGUUUACAUCAUCCAGGCCACGGGACUGCAGCCAAAGGAUGCCAACGGAAAGUGUGACCCCUACGUGAAAAUUACUCUUGGAAAGAAAUCCAUCAAUGACCAUGACAACUACAUCCCGUGCACACUGGACCCUGUUUUUGGAAAGAUGUUCGAGCUGACCUGUGCUCUCCCAGUGGAGAAGGACCUGCGAAUCAUGCUGUAUGACUAUGACAUGCUGUCCAAGGAUGAGAAGAUCGGAGAGACCUUCAUCGACCUGGAGAAUCGCUUCCUGUCCCGAUACGGGGGCCGCUGCGGACUCCCCCAGUCAUACUGUCUGUCGGGGGUAAACCAGUGGAGAGACCAGCUGAAGCCGUCCCAGUUGCUGAGAAGGUUGUGUGAGCGCAGGAACUACAAGCUGCCUGUGUACAAGCAGGACCGUGUCUUCUUCAGGGGCCAGGAGUACACGUCUGCUGACCUGGAUGAGGCCAAGCCGCCCAACCCUCACCUUGGCCCAGUGGAUGAGCGGCUAGCCCUGCUGAUCCUGCGCAGACAGGGCCUGGUCCCAGAACACGUGGAGACACGCCCACUUUACAGCCCCCUGCAACCUGACAUAGAACAGGGAAAACUGCAGCUGUGGGUAGACAUCUUCCCUAAGUCUGUGGGCCCCCCUGGACCCCCUUUUAACAUCUCCUCACGCAAAGCUAAAAAGUUCUUCCUGCGCUGUGUCAUCUGGAACACCAGUGAUGUCAUUCUGGAUGAUGUCAGCGUGACAGGCGAGAAGAUGAGUGACAUAUAUGUGAAAGGAUGGAUGCAGGGGCUGGAAGGAAACAAGCAGAAGACUGAUGUUCACUACAGAUCCCUGGGAGGCGAGGGCAACUUUAACUGGAGGUUCCUGUUCCCCUUCCACUACCUGCCCGCCGAGCAGCUCUGCAUCAUCGAAAAGAAGGAACACUUCUGGAGCCUAGAUAAAGCAGAGUCCAAGAUUCCCCCAAAGAUCACCAUCCAGAUCUGGGACAACGACAAGUUCUCCUUCGAUGACUACCUUGGCUGUGUGGAGAUGGACCUGAACCACAUGCUGAGGCCGGCUAAGACAGCGCAGAAGUGCGGGCUGGAGCUGCUGUCCCAGGCUCAGGAGAAGCUGGUGUCCCUGUUUGAGCAGAAGACGGUGAAGGGCUGGUGGCCCUGCGUGUGCGAGAGCAACGGGGAGAAGAUCCUCGCCGGGAAAGUAGAGAUGUCACUGGAGAUUGUCACGGAGCUGGAGCAGGACGAGCGGCCAGCAGGGAUAGGGAGGGAUGAACCCAACAUGAACCCCCACUUGGAGGAGCCUCAACGUCCAGAAACCUCCUUCUUAUGGUUUUCCUCACCUUACAAGACACUGAAGUACAUCCUGUGGAGGAGGUUCAAAUGGGUCAUCAUUGGACUUAUCAUCCUCUUCUUCAUCUUCCUGUUCUUUGGUGUCUUCCUCUACUCCUUCCCGAACUACGCUGCUAUGAAAAUGGUGGGACCCUUUGGCGGAGGUGGGAAAACAGCAGAGUGAGUGAUGGAAGAGAAAGAGAGAGUGAAAGGAGACAGAAGGGGAGAAAGGAAGAGGGUGUUGACACAGCAGAUGAAGAAGACCUUUUUGUCAAAGCAAUCUUCAGCAUUUAAGUAUUUCAGCUUCAAAGAAUAAACAGAGCCACCGUUUGACAAUGAGUUACAUCAACAAAGCAACUUUCAUGCUAUUAAUAUUCCAGUAUAGUUCCAUCCUGCAGCCUGCACCAUUUCUGUAUGAAAACAAAUAGCCAUCAGCAUUAGCAUCUCUUGCGCAGGAUGUGUGUGCUCAGUACUGCACCCCAAAGCAGGGAUCACGAGAGCCCGCUAGUUUCCAACAGAGAAAAUGAAGAGAAAUGUGUGUGUGUGUGUGUGUGUGUGUGUUUGUGUAUGUGUGUGUGUGCGUGCGGCAGUGUUCCUCUGUGUUGAAAUCUUGCCCUCACUACAACCCGGCCACUCUGUUCUCCUUCACUCAGUUACACUUCAGCGUCAUUUCUUUUAAUACUUUUUACAUAGUCUGAAAAACUUUGCUCCUUUUUCCUCAGUCAGAUGCCCUUUCUUUUUACUUUGACGCAGUAUGAGACACAGCUCUGGCUACUGUGUUCCUCCCAGGCCUUUGUGUGCUGUCUGGUCCUGGGGUUAAGUCCAGGAUUUGCUCUAUGUGCUCGUAGGUAUUCCGCAGUGAUUUUCAGUGCGCAAGACAGAGAUAAUCAUCAAACAUGCUGGUUUAGUAAAGAAAAAAUACAAAAGAAAAACAAACCCAUACUGCACUUAGGGCUCAGGAGUGUGUGUGUGAGCAUGUGUGUGUGCACACGCAGGCUAAAAUGAAGACUUGAAAAAAAAGAAAGGAAAAAAAAACAAAAAAAACAAAAAAAAACAAAUGUCGCUGAACUUUUAAAUCCAGUCUGAAACUCCAUUUCCCCACGACUCCACUCUACAUGGAAUCAGGUGUGCCGGGGUUACGGUGGGGUCACGCCGGGGUCGCGGCGCAGGGGUCGCGUGCCCCAGCGAACCUCUUACGCAAACGGCAGCUCGCGUGCGCCGGGUUGCUCGCCACAGCACUCCCCCCGACUUCACACUGCGACCUAACACAGGCAGAGAGGCCAAUCUGAAUCUGCUUAAUCCGUCUGGAUCCCCCUGGAUUUCCUGGAGCGUGUACGUUUUGAGGAAAAUAAAAAAAAGAGAAACCCUUUUGAUCUUUAAAUAAUCCCCCUAUUGAUGUGAUGGCGGGGCCAAACAUAUGAGCGCGGACUGCAGCACCACAGUAAGGGUCCCCUUUUCCCAAACCUCUGAGGCCCCAGUUUCACACCGCGGAGGGAGGGCCCACAGACAGGUAGCAACAGAUACACUGCGAUAGAACCUGCGUGUUUCAGCAAAGAAAUAAGGAAUCAUGUGUUUUACAGUAGCUGCUUCUUUACUGUAAUUGUUUUAUAACCCUGAGCUUUCUGUACAUCAUGUGAUGCAAUGGGAGAGGAAAUGUAAAAUGUAAACAAAAUUUAAACAAAGUGCAAAAUACUGUUUGAUGCACGUAUUUGUGAAUGAGCCUAUAUGUUUGGAUAUGGCAGCAUUAAGUGAUUGGAGGCAGUGGGUCAAGUAUUUGCUCUGAUUAUGUGUUGUGUAUACUUAGAAUUCAUAUUAUUAUUAUUAUUAUUAUUAUUAUUAUUAUUAUUAUUAUUAGCAGUAUUAUCUUUUGGUCAUGACUAAGCAGCAGAAUAUAUGAUAGUGUUCCUCAUUCACCUGCAGUCUGAAUGAGUGGCUCCCUCAUUGUAAUGACUUUACCUUCAUUCCACCACUAGAUGGUGAUAAAGAAAACAUUGAGGGAAUCUAUGUAUUCAUGCCUCGAAUAGUGUCUCUAUCUUGUUUUAUUAUUUUUAUUUUACUUUAAAAAUUUUUUUUUUUUUUAGUUUUAGUUUAGCUUUUGUUUUUUAUUUUUAUUUUAUUGAUACUUGCCGUGAUAAGGAAUGCACUGAAUUUGUGCAAUUUGCUGGGCUGUAGCCUUAAUGGAAAAGAAGAAAGCAGCUUUCAGCAUGAGUAUACAUUAUACAGUAUAUGUACUCAUUUGUGUAUGGAUGUGGGACAGGAAUCUACUGUAAAACUGGUCUACUACUGAAAUGGCUGAAGAAUAAUGAGAGGUUGUCUUCUUCCAAUUUUACUGCUGUAAAAUGCACUGAACCUUCAUGCCUUAGUUUUAGCAAUGCCUAUAUAAAUACCAAUGCGCCUCAUCUUGAAGAUAAUAGUUUAACACAAAAGCUAAGUCUUUGUGCUGAAUUUAUUAUAGUGUCUCAUAUCAGACCCUAUGAGAUAUGUUGCCUUAGCUUCUGCUCUGUUAAAGCAGUGUAUUUUGUCUAAUGCAAAAUGAAUGUUCUGGUAAAUAGAGUUUUAUUUUGAGUUGUUACACCAAGGAGUAAGUCACUGGCAGACUACAGAUAUCCUGGGGAUCUCUCAGUGGUAAAAGUUCAUUUUUUUAUGACAAUGAAAUGUCAGAGAAACAUAUCACCACCAGUUUAUUUUUACUGUAUCAGUUAUGAAUUUGCUUGUGCCUUCAGAAAAUUAACCAAAUAUGUAAUGUGCACUCCGAAUACAUACAUCUGCAUAAAAAAUAUGUAUGUGUACAAUAUGCCUCUCCUCUGAUAAAACAGUAUUACAAAGUCA